GAAGUGCUCAUCUCGCCGGUGAUGUUGCAGGAUCAUAUGCCCGACAAGGUCCUUGCCGCCCUCAAGAAGGUAAUUGGGGAGGUCGAUGACGAUCGCAGCUCCUCGGUGCACAGCUAUUCCACAGCCAGUUGAUCGGACCAAAUCCGACUUGGAAAUGGAGUGGAAUGGAAUGGAUAGCGAUACCGAUUCUGAUACCGAUACCGACACCUUACACCACGUCGUCUUCGUCGUUGUCCUAGAACCGUAUAUAUAGUCUAACUAGCCCUUAGCAUAUACAUAUAUAUAUAUAGAGUACGCAGCACCGAUCUAGUUAGUUGGUUCGUCUGAAUUGUACCGUACUGUACCUUGCCCUUAGUGUAGCCUUAAGGCCGUAGGUCGCCGAACCGAAGCCACGCAAGCCACAAAACCACCAACCAACCACAAACUCAUUACGAACCCCAACAGUUACACCAAACACUUACACACACCUGUGCGCCACAAUCUAUCAACAUAUUUUUGUAAAGCCAAUUACGAUUAACGCUAUAUCUAGUCUAAGGCCAACACUCCCUUAUGGUUUCAGUGCAUUUGUUGAAUUGUGCGACAUUUAUUUGUUUAUUGUAUUUAUUUAUUGCCGUUUUGCUUUAGUUUUUUUUUGUUUUGUUUUUUGUCCAAAUCCAAGACAUACUUGCCUUGGGACAAGUGUGUGUUUAGAGUUAGGAACCCCAGAUACUUAGCCAGCACCACACACUAAUCGUAAUAUUUAUCUUGUAUUUAUCGCUGUGUGAGGCACUGACAAUGGACUUUAAAUGUUUACAAUUACCUCUAAGUUUAAUUUAUGUACUUGUAUUUUAUGUUUAUAUCGCUUAAGAGUAAACCAGUGGCUUUAUAAUAACAAGAUGAUACGUGAAAGCAAACCUAGGCUCUCUUAAAUAUUUUUUUCUAUGUAUAUUAAUGUAUAAACGUUAUGCAUCUUGUCAUUAUAAGGUCCUAGACUAAUUCUUGCCCAAUAAUCGUCUAAGUGAAAGAAUUGUAAUUUGCAUUUCGUUUAUUUAAUCUCCGCGUUACGCUCUCUAUACUUAUAUCUCUUAUUUAUAUACAUUUUUUUCUCUUAAAUCUGUUUGUUUUAUAUGACGAAUAUACACAGCCACAACUAAUUAUUAAUUUUGAUUUGUAACCAUCCCAGAGGUGGGCAAGUGUAGGACUUGUAGUAGAUUUGUAAUUCUUGUAAGUAGCAUUAUCGAAGCCCUGUCUUUCCCACUAGAAUGUACUGCAGAUGGAACUGAUUUUGACGAAAUGUGAAGCAAUGCUCGAAUGUUAUAUGUUUGGCAAGAGUAUCAUCGUAUCGGUUUCAAAAUUAUUGCACACACAACUUUUGAUGAUGAUUUUCAUAUUGAGUUCUUUAUCCGGAUUUCAUUUGGUUGUAACAACGAGUGGGCCACGCAAGCCCCAGCGUCAGACCUCGAAUGCAUUCUCCACAGCAUCGAAUGAAGGGCAGGAUCAGGAUCAGGACCAGAAACCGCAGCCGCAUUGCAGCGGUUAUGGGACAACGGAUCCGAUGCGCCGAUCCGGACCAGAAACGGACACGGACUCCGGCCAGAUGCAAACGUCAGCGCAAUCGCAGCACUGCAAGCGGCCCUCGCAAAGUUCCUACACAAAUCUGAGCAACUGCCUCGCCCUGACGCCGACGGCGCAGCACAAACUCUGCCUGGAGACGUCCUUCACCAAUGGCUCAGCGCCGCCAUUGCAGCCACAGCGCCUCUGCUCGGCCACCGGCUGUGGUGGUAGCAAGGCAUCCUCACUGGCGGGCAGCAUUUUUGGACGCAGCCAGCUCAGCUCGGCCACCACGCCGUACGACAUAUCAAGCGCCCUGGACGACAGCCUGGCCACGGUGGCCCUGCGCCAGAGUCCAUCGCUGAUGAGCUCAGAGACGACGGGGACGGUCAUUGGAAAUGCCGAACCGUUUCCGGAGGAGGUGGCAAUUCCUCGCCUCAAGGCGGUGGCCUUUGACAUGGCCCUGACCCCACCGCCGUCGCUGCCAGAGAGAUCCCUGCUGGAACGACAGCAUUCCGAGAAGAAACCCAGAUCGCUGCCAUUGGCCCAGGUGCAGGCCCUGCGGAGAGCCUCGGAUGCCGGCGGUGCAGUGCCGCAGGGCGUGGACCUAUUGCAUGAUGACUGGUACGGCCUGGCACCACUGGCCAGCCCCGAGACUCUGUCCGAGAUCUCCAGCGUCUCCUCGCGCACCAGCGUCCCCAUCAGCCUGGCCAACAGCAUCGAGCGGUAUCUGCAGCACAUGGGCGUGGCCGGGCCCAAGGUGCCGCUGGAGGACAUUUUUGAGUCGCAGCUGCAUACGCCCAAGGUCAUGCGGAGAGCGCCCAAGUUCACCGAGAAUCUGGCUGGCUGUGCGGAGGAUAGCAGGACCCAGGAUCAAUACAAGCGACUGGGUCGGGUCUUUGUCACCUUUCCGCGCAUCUUCCCGGAUCAGUCGCCGGCGGCGCACAGCCUGGACUCCAGUGACGACAGCUUCGAGUCAGCCUCGGCCCACAGCCUGCAGAGGCUGAAGCUGCCCCAUGCUGCCAAUGCGGUGCAGAGUUCCAAAUCGGCCGAUCCCCUGGAUGGGGAUCAGGAUCAUGUGCCAGCGAGGCCAGCGCCACCGGUGAAGAAGCUAACCUUCAGCGACAGCGACAUCCUGACGGAAGAGCACUGCCUGCGACUGUGUCCCCAUUGUCCCUGCGGCCGGGAUGCCCAGCGCGGCUGCUGCACUCGCUCGGAGCAUGCCAAAUGCGGUUCCGAGGGCUCCGCGGACACGAGUUUCUAUAGUGCCAGCUCAUCACUGGAGCAGUUUGCAACGCCGGCUCGUCAGAAUGGCGGUCCACACCUGGAGGAGAUUCUCAUGCGACCCGGCGUCCUGGAAUCCCACUUCCCCGUCCUGGGCGGUGGCAAUGGCAUAGAGACUCCGGCGCUGGUGGCACCCGCCUCGCCCUCGCCGCUUAGCAAUGGCAAGAAACCGGAUGUGGUCGGUGGAAGGGUGCGGAAGCGCCUCUCCUCGGAGGAGUUUGUCUUCUCGCGCAGCGAUGAUCUGUCCAGCCUAGUACAAAUCGGUGAUAGAGCUGCCGGUUCUCCGGCGGGACGACGGCGCAAAGGUUGCGUCUAUCCGGCCGGGAAUAGUCUCCGGUUGGAUGCAGCUGCCGCUGCUGCUGCUGCCUCGGCAUCGCCCACGUCCAUUAGCAAAUUUACCCGUGCCCGAGUAGCAGCCGGGGGAUCUGGCAGCGGAUCGGGAGCCAAGCAGGUCGCUGCCAAUAACGAAAGUAAUGUUUAAUAGUUGUAAGUUGUAAGCAGUACCUUACCUGGACACAGCGAUGAUACUCGUAACCCGUAACUGGCAAUUCGUAUCUCGAAGCCCGUAAGCCGCAAUCUAUAAAUAUUGCAAUUGCUUUCACAGGAGCCAUCCACAAACCGAUUGGGAAAAGACAAACCAACCAACAAAGGAAACUAACAUUUUACCGAUUACCUAAGGAGCUACAUUUAGCGUUAACACACACACACACACACACACAUGGGCGUUUACUAUAAAAU